CUUAUGUCAAUUUCAACCAAUCACGAGCUGGUCCGAAAAAGGUUCUCGAAGUGGAUUAAAAAUUGUCAGGUCCUGUCCUAGGGUAAUUCACGAAUUAAUGUAUAUUCAACAUUAAACGAAAAAUUACACUGAUAGAUUACGCAAAAAUGAAGCAACUAGUCCUGCCUUUCCUUUGUUAUCUAGUUGUGUUGAUAAAUGCGUUACAUCUCGAGUAUGAUGGGUGGCUCAACAUAGAACUUUAUCACGCACUUGAUAUUCACGAGCCGCAAAAGUUUACUCUUCGUGGGAAUGUUACAAUCACCAGCGUAAACACAGGCUCUGCAACUGUGUCUCAAGAGUCUCUUACAGCUCACGAUCGCAAUAAAUUUCGUCAGCUGGCUGAAGAAAAUCGUCUGUAUCGGAUGGAAGCUCAUGUCCUCAGGGAAGACGGAUCUCGUUCAAGGUUUUUGACCUCAUCAAAGGCGUGUGCUUUGGCUAAAUCUCAACUGACGGAUGUACUUUGGGUUUCACUUGAUCAUGCUGGUUCGGUCAUUGGAAUUACACAAUCUGUAAAUCAUGGAAACUUUGGCGAUUGUCGUGAUUUGACCAAUCGAGACAUAGAUGUAUUAGAUGAAUUUAAUACUGAUGUGUACGUGAAGGCUAUCGAAAAUGCACCGGUUCCAGAUACAGCAAGUUUUAUUCAAAAACUGGAACGAGAACGAGAAGCCCGCGAGCGUGGAGAGACCAAAGAUAGUCGAGGAUUUUUUGCUAAAUAUUGGAUGUACAUAGUUCCUGUAGUGAUUUUGGUGCUUAUUUCGGGAGCCACAAAUCCUGAAGGGCAACGUUGAACCAAAUACUAAGAAAAAUUUACUAUUGCAAUCUAUUUAACCUGUAGGAAGCUUUAAAUAAAGAAGAUACUGACUCAAAAACUGAUUAAA